AUGUGCCAAACAACCCUCUACAAAGACACCCACUGCAAGCACCGCUGGAUGCGCAUCACCACUCCUUGCUUCCCAGGAGCCGGCUUCACCACCUGUCCCUCUUUCUCUUUCAACAACACCCACACCCACAACAACUACCUCUACGACCACCACCAAUCCCCCGACGGCCUCUGCCACCAACCCCUCUGCCCUUACCAGCAACAUCCCCACCCCAACCACUACACCCCCAACCACACCUCUCCCUUCUCCCCUCCCUUCUCCCCGACCCUCACCCCUUCCAUCCAAGCCCAAGGCCAAGGCCAACUCCAAAUCCAAGGCCACAACACCUGCCACAUCAACCUCCCGACCUACCCCUACCACCAAAUCCAGCAUAACUGCCCCCACCACCAGCAGCUAGUAGCCAAGCCCGCUCCCCCGGCUUACAUCGCCCGCGCCGAGCCGUGUCCGGAGUGUGAUUUAAGAGGGGUGUAUGAUCGGAACCAGGUCAGGAUGGUUACGAAGAUUAAGAAGGGGGUGAAGCUUGGUGGUGGACCGAGCGGGGGGGAUCCAGGGGUUGAAGUUAGGUGUUGUGUUAUGUAGGGGAUGAGUUGGUUGGGCUGACACUUGACAUUGAGGGGUGAAGGGGAGGGGGAACAGGGGAGGGAGGCGAUGUGGAAGGGGAGGGAGAUGGGAGAUGGGAAGAUGGGAAGAUGGGAGGUUGGGUUUUGAAGGAUGAGAGGGUAUGUUGGGGAUGGGAGGAUCAAAGGAUGAGAAGGUGAAAGGCUGGAGGUUGGGAGGAUGGGAUGUGGAAGAUGGAAUGUGAAUGGGGGGGAAGAUGAAGGGAAAGAUGGAC